AUGACAGAAAUUAAAAUACCGUUUACCAAAACUAAAUUUUCGCAUAUUCCCGCUAGUAAACUUAGACCUGGAACUCUUGGAAUAGAACUGGAAAUUAGUACUAAUUUUUUGGUGUAUGAUUUAGCCGGUUCUUUUGAAAGAGCAGUUCCGCCUGCCGAUAGCAAAGUUCCUUUUGAAAAAAUUGCUUUUAUUUUUGCGGAUAAUAAUACCGAAACUGCUUUUUAUCAGACCUUAUGCGAUGAUAAUCAAAAACAAUUUGAGUUGAGUUUUGAUAAAGACAAAAUUUUCUUAAAUGUAGAGGGUUUUGCUAAUAUUAUUGAUAAAACUAAACCGGAAGUUCGGGUAAGUUUUAAAAAUUUGCUUAUUUUUUUUGAAUCAAAAUUCAGUGGGAUAAUUAAACUUACUACUGCUUCCCGAGGUCCUGAUGAACCAGACAUUCCUUCUAAUAUUCUUCAAAUUAGAAAUAAGGCUAUUACGGCUAUCAAGCAGGCUCUUAAUUCGGAACCGAAAUUAAGUUCUAAGGAUUUAAGUUCAGCAUAUCAAAAUUGA